CUCAAAUGGCUCCUGCAAAGAAGGGUGGCGAGAAGAAGAAGGGACGCUCUGCUAUCAAUGAGGUGGUAACUAGGGAAUACACCAUCAACAUUCACAAGCGGAUCCAUGGCGUGGGCUUCAAGAAACGAGCACCGCGUGCUCUCAAGGAGAUCCGUAAAUUUGCGAUGAAGGAAAUGGGUACGCCUGACGUUCGCAUUGACACCAGAUUGAACAAAGCAGUCUGGGCUAAAGGAAUAAGGAAUGUUCCUUACCGUAUCCGUGUGCGUUUGUCCAGAAAGCGCAAUGAGGAUGAAGAUUCACCAAACAAGCUCUACACGCUGGUUACCUACGUGCCAGUCACAACAUUCAAAGGUCUACAGACGGUCAAUGUGGAUGAAAAUUAAACUGAUUUUCAUUACAAUAAAAGGACAAAAAGAAAGUUUACUCCCAAGUUGUUUUUUUUUUAUUGUCCAGUCUCUUCAAGCUGUCAUCCAUGAAGCAUUGAGUUGAACAGGUGACAAACAAAGGAUCUUGCUUUCUUUGGGCUUGUACAUAAUGGUGUAAUUU